AUGCCCGCAACGGAUCGCGAUGUGCGGAUCUACGCUGACGGAGUGUUUGAUCUUUUCCAUCUCGGUCAUAUGAGGCAGCUCGAGCAAGCCAAGAAGGCGUUUCCGCGUGCUCAUUUGAUAGUGGGAAUCCCCGGCGACGGAGACACGCACUUGCAAAAAGGACUUACCGUACUCACGGAUCAGCAGCGGUAUGACAGCGUCCGUCACUGCCGGUGGGUAGAUGAGGUUAUUGAGAAUAGUCCUUGGGUUGUUACUCCGGAGUUCUUGAAAGAGUACAGGAUCGACUACGUUGCUCACGACGAUAUCCCGUACGCGGGAACAGAUGGAACGGACGACAUUUACAAACCUCUUAAAGAAGCUGGCAUGUUUCUGGUAACUCAACGCACAGAAGGGAUCAGUACAUCUGGGAUUAUCACUCGAAUAAUUCGUGACUACGACAAGUAUCUGAUACGCAACUUCUCUCGUGGUGUGACGCGACAAGAGCUUAACGUCUCGUGGCUGAAGAAGAACGAGCUUGAUUUCAGGCGUCAUAUUGCUGAUUUCCGAGACUCUAUCAAGCACAAUAUUGUCAGCACGCGGCAAGAGCUGAACAAAUACUUGAGCCCGCGCGGCGAGGAAGGAGAUGCGGAGUCUGUGAUGUCUACUCCUUCGGCAAUUGCGAGAAACUUUGGUCUGCUGCGAAAGAGGCGGCGGGUGACUGACGGAGGAAGUCGACAGACAACAGCUUCGCCAGUAUUGCAAGGAUCAAUACUAGGCUCUGGAGAGCCUUCGCCUUUGUUUCCUGCUACAGAUGGGAGUGAAUUGGGAGAUGUUGAUGACGAUGAUGAUGAAGAGGAUGAUAAGAGACUGCUGCUCGGUUUACCGACCCUUUUAAACGGAGUGAAAAGCUGGAUGGCUAAUCGCAAAAGUGGCGGGCUAGACACUGUGUCCGAUGAGGAGGAGGGGUCACCUGUGACUUCACCGGGAUCGGCUGUGACAGAUGACAAAACUGAAUGA